GAACUUUUUUCCAGUCUAGUAACAAGUAUUCGGAAAUUUCUUAAACCAAAAAUUCUCAAUCUGUUGUUUUAUAUUCUUCUAUAAAAUGUUCCGUCGAGGAUUAAAAGAAUUAAAAACCCGUCCGUUCGCGGAGGUGUGUAGUUUUCUAUUGCGAAACUUUUCGGGAAAUUCCCGCAGAAAGCUGAAGUUCGUGAAGCGCGAGACUGUGGCUCCCAGAAGCAAUAUCUUUAAUUGGCCAACACUCCAGAGGAUUCCCAAUGAUAAAGAUGUCGAUGAGAAGGAUGAGAAGCGUUAUUCCACAUUCAAGGUGGAAAAUAGUCGUGCCCAGGAAAUGUGGCAGAAGGCCAGGAUUGGGGCACGAGAGCAGCAGAAUAGCCUCCGUGGUUAUCAGCCAGCCAAUUCCGACGUAACCUCCGACUCGGAGGAAAUCAUCAGUGCCCUGGACAAAGUCAGGCGGAUCGAGGAGCGGCGCAAGAUUCAGAACAAGAUGCAGACUCUCAUGCAGGAGCAGGAAAAGCUGGACAAGCAGAUCCAGGACGAACAGGAUCGCGUGGCUCCCAGGAAGGAGGUGCUCGUCGAGAGGGAACCAGCCAAGCAGGACCCUCCCAGGGAGUACGCCCCUGUCCGGAAUCCGGACAGCUUCCGCUCAGGUCCUUGGAUAUCCGCCACGGUCUUGGCGGCCACAGGGAACAGCCAGCAACUCAGGUACACGCCCAAACCAUUCAGGACGCACAGCCAAAGUGGCCAGGCCGUGUCGCCACCGCAGAGCUCGUCUCUCCCGGAAAAAUCGGCAUCCAGGCAGCCAGAACACAAAUUGGACGAAGCCAGUGCGAACAAGGCCCAGUCCGAGAUCCAGGCAUUCGCCAAGUCCGUGGUGGAACUGCACAAGAGCCGUGCCGAGGAGAUGGACAAGCUCCGAUCGGAGAACGAAUACUCCAAGGAUUCGGCCUGCCUGAAGAUGUGUGACCACUCCGUGUUCGGGAAAAGAGGAAAGCGCUAGCCAAAAACAAGAAAAACAUCAAUCAAAUCAGUAGUUCUGUAAUAUCGCAACAUAACCGGACAACUUUUGGCAAGGAGACGUAUUGAAGAGCUCUGCUUAAAACCGUAUGGCUUUCAGGAUUCGGGCGGCAUUUCAUAUAAAUCCUGAUCGGCAGCAGAGUUCUUUUUUUUGUCGAGAACCUGCUAAUAUUGUUAUGCACGGCAUCACAGGAUUCUAAUUUUAUUUAUCAUACUUAAAACCCUUUCGGAAAGAUCAACAAAAUUCUAUUUUAAAUCACAUCCUCAGAUGUGCAAAUGCAUGUAGUUUGAUGUAGGUUUUACAAGCAAUAUAUUUGGAUCUAAUCUACUAACAUUAAAAAAAAAUAUUAAAACAAAAAA